AUGUCCAACGAAAGUCAGACAAAACGAAUAGGAGUUACACAUGCUAUUAGAGCUAGGCUAAAUUUUUUGGAUGAAAGAUUAUGGAAACGAUUUUCAGCUCGAAGACUAGAGCUUAUAGAUACCUUGGAUUUGAGUUCCAAAAAAGCAUCCGAACAAGAAGAACAGAUCAAGAAUGUCGCAGAUGCCUUAAGAGUUGAGUUCAACUACUCACCGGAAUAUUUCCGUGAUUUCGAUAAGUUGGUGAGGGCUGCAGUACAAAGUGUAAGAAGAAAUAGGAAAAGAUCUUCCAAAACUAAACAACUGAAUGAAACAGAAUAUCGAGAAAAAAGACGUAGGCUGGAUGAAGAAUUUCCACAUUCUUUUUCCCGGUCUAUUUCGCCUGAUAUGCAUACUAUAGGGAAUUCGCCGAAUGAACAUUAUCUUCAACGGGAUAAUUCGGACACUACACCAGAUACCGGCUCUCAGAACCAAAAGUUUUUAUCAGAAAUUGCACGGCUCAACUCUGAUUCCCAAGAAGAUGUACAUGACAUGAACUACUCUAGGAGCAAGAAGUUUACGAUUUUCGAUAAAUCUCGGCUGGCUAUUGGUACCAUGAUACAACCACGGAUAAACACUAGUCCUCCUGUUUUACCACCUAUAUCUAAUUUGAGUUUCAAGGCCAGUGCUGAGAAUCCUAUUGAUAAUUCAGCCAGAAGAAUACUCCUACAUUAUAUUGAGAAGUCAAAGACAUGUUCGGAGUCUACCUCCAAGCGGAAUGAAAAUCUCGAAAUCUUAGGUAAGAAUAUUAUAUCUUGCUGUGUGGUUUACGUCCUAGAAAAAUCAUUCUCGAACGCUAACCAAACCCUGGUGGAGUAUUUAAGGUCAAAGUUGAAUCAAGAAUCAUAUCUUUCCAAAUUUUACAAAGAAUUAGAUACUUCAACGACUACUAAUUACCUCCUUUCCGAUGACAUUGCAUCUUUGUCGUUAUAUACGUUAUUAGGUUCAUGUGUCAAAGACUUUGGUUUCGAUAAUAUUUUGCUCCCACUAAGUGAGUGUCUAUAUUAUAGUAUAUUACAAGAUUAUCCAUUAAUAUCGCAACAUUCUACAGUCUUCAAGGGAGAGGAGCAUAAAUCAAGCAAAACAUGCAUACCCAUGUAUCCAGAUUCUCUAAACCAGUUGAACUCAUUGGCAGCAGUUGCGACGGAAAUGAACAAGCAUGAUGUAAGUAAUGCCACGAAAGCUGUUACCUUGAAGUUCUUAUCAUCCAUUCUUGAAUUUACGUAUCCCACUGCUAAUUCAGCACCUCCAAAGCUAUUAGAAUUGAUAGAGAACGCCAAGAGUGCAUUCAAAUUGUCUGCCAGCAGCAAUCAGACGACAAUUAACCUCCUAAACAUCAAAGAUGGAACUAGAAUAAAUUCGGAUGCUGAUCUCGAAACCUUGUUUAGGACUCAGGAAAAGGUAGAAUUAGAACUUGUCACUCAGGCAGCACAAACAAUCCCCAUUUAUGAAAUAACAUCGACCAUUAGGCCCAAUAAAUACCUGGAUGCAAAAAUUAUUCUUCCCCCUCCCUACAAGAAUAGAUCUAUAAUAUCAGACCCAUUGAAUACCAUAUCUAAGAUUGAUAAUGCCAAUUUUAAAGAUCACACACCACCACCUCCUCCUCCUCCUCCUCCUCCUCCUCGUCCCAGAUUCCAGCCAUUAUUAUAA